UGACCCCGCCCACCCAGCAAAAGCCACACCCCUCGCGUUCUCGGCGCGCGCAUCGGGCUGCGGUGUUUUGGCCCGCGAGUGGAGCCGUAGCCGCAGUCUCCUCAGGCGUCCGUCACUGGGAAACCCGGUAGCUGGGAUCCCGGACAGAGGUUCACCAUGUCGGAGAAAGGAGCCGGGCAGAGUGGGGGCUCCGCGCAGGCGGGAGCGGUGACCGUCAGCGACGUCCAGGAGCUGAUUCGGCGCAAGGAGGAGAUCGAGGAGCAGAUCAAGGCCAAUUAUGACGUGCUGGAGAGCGUGAGUGUUGGGAUGAGUGAGCCGCUGGUGGACUGCGAGGGCUAUCCCCGGGCCGAUGUGGACCUAUACCAAGUGCGGACCGCAAGGCACAACAUCGUCUGCCUGCAGAAUGAUCACAAGGCAGUGAUGAAGCAGGUAGAAGAGGCCCUGCACCAGCUGCAUGCUCGUGACAAGGAGAAGCAGGCCCGGGACAUGGCUGAGGCCCAUGAAGAGGCCAUGAGCCACAACCUGGACCAGAAUGAGAACCUCGGUGCUCAGAGGCCCUUCGCCAAAGUGAAUAGUGUCAUCCCAGGCUCCCCUGCCAGUGACGCAGGUCUACAAGUGGAUGACGAAAUUGUGGCGUUUGGCUCUGUAAACACCCAGAACUUCCAGUCACUACACAACAUUGGCAACGUGGUGCAGCACAGCGAGGGGAAACCCCUGAGUGUGACUGUGAUUCGUCAAGGGGAAAAAUACCAACUUAGACUUGUCCCAACCCGUUGGGCAGGAAAAGGACUGCUUGGCUGCAACAUUCUUCCUUUGCAGAGAUGACUCUUUCCUGAGGACAGUGAUAGGCAAACACCUUCCUUUGCCUUGGAUUUGCAUUUAGCAGGGAUUUCCUCCUCCUCUUCUCUCUCUAAGCGUAAGGAUCUAGAAGAGGCUGGAAGCCUGAACUUCUAGGUGGUGGACAUCUGUGGCCUCCCACUAUGAUCAUAAGGCAUUGUAAAAAUUUGGUUUGUACUUAGCAUCGUUUGCAAAUUAGGCCAUGGGCCUAAAUGGGAAACCUCUGGACUGUGGGCAAGUGGGCAGGUGAUGUUAUGACUUUAUUCUUUCAGGUCCCCCUACCCCCUCCACCCCCAAAUAAACACAGUUUUAAAGUGCUAACAUGACCGCGUUAUCACCCCAACUGAAUUUCUUAGUGAACCUCUCAAACCAAAGUUUAAGUUAGGACAUCCUCAGAGAAAGUUGCACAAAUCAAAUCAGCAGUUGUGCUGAAGUCAAAAGUUGACCAAUAUCAUCUCAGGAAUGUUACCCUUUCCAAAUUCAAAGUUUGCAAGCACCUGUGCUCUAUCUGGAUUUGCAUUGGGGCAUUGCUGCUCUGGACACAGAACUUGAUGAAUAGCUGGAAAUCUUGAGCAGUUGAGCAUCGUGAGUCACACACUCCUUUCAAGAACAGGGAAAGCUGGGAGGCUCCCCAGGUAAUUUGCUUUCUCCUCUGUAACCUACCAGAGACUCACAUUCUUGUCACUGCUACAAUACUGCUCCCCCGCCCACAAAUUAGGUUGACCUUAUUAUAACUGAACCUCCUGGCUAUGCCUACAACUCAGCACUGUUUUGUCAAGUGCUAUGGUGGCCUUGACAUUGCCAUGGGAACAAGAUCCGCCAGUGCAGAUUUGACAUCUUGGAAAUUGCUCUCCCUUUUAUCUUCUCUCUUUAAUGUGGCAAAAUGGGAUUCAUUGAUUCCCUCUGACUCUUACUUUCUUCCUCUCUCACUAUAUCACAGUGUUUAUUUCUACAGUUCUUGCAGAACACUUUCUGUUUUAGAGGUCUGGCACAUUUUGCAAGUUAUGCCUAUGUUCCUUGGAUAUACUUGUAUAGCAUUUGUACUGAGGGGAGUCAGUAUUGGGGUAUUCUAGCCAUGGAUUCUUGUGCUCAACUGGAAAGCCUUCCUACAGAGCAUCUCCACCAAACUACUCCAGUCAAACACCUACAUUUCCCCCUCCAGUAACCACAGAUGUGCUGGUUACCAAUGUUUGCUGUUUAAAUUGUGUUCUAAUUCCAAGUGUAUCCAGUAUUUUACAAGUUGUACACUAUAAUAAUAAAUACCACUUGUACUAUC